CCUCCCGCCGCUGAACGCGCCGGUGCCCGAGUGGAUUCCCAGGGUGGACCGUCGGCGCAAUGACAUCAGUAUUUUGAACCAACUUGUUAUUCGGGGAGCAAUCAGUUGCAAUUAGGUAUUAAUUAAGUAUUAUGAAAGUUGAUUAUUUAAGUGAAUUCGGCUUUCGUCUCUCCGACUAUGCUGAAAGAACCGUAUGCACUGACACAACCUCAGGAAACCCCAAGAUGGCUGCCAAGCGCAAAGGUGGCCUGAAGCUGAAUGCGAUCUGCGCUAAGCUCAGCCGCCAGGUGGUCGUUGACCACAAGGGGCCUGAGCAGGGACACGCCGACAAGGCUCCCCUGAGGCAGGACAGCCCCGGUGGCGGCAGCACCUCCACCAAGCAUGUUGCCCGGCUUGUGACGAAGGAUCUGGGCACUGGGUUUUCUGAAGGGGGCGACUGCGUGCAGAAGAUUGAGGAGGACAAGCGGAGGGAGGUGAUUGAAAAGUGGGUCAACGGGGAGUACAGCGAAGACACCCUGCUGGGGCGCAUCGAGAGCAAAGAGCCCAGGGGCUCCACGGGCACCGAGGUGCCUCCCGAGGGGGUCUACAUGGUGCAGCCCAAGGGCUGCAGCGACGAAGAAGAUAACGGAGAUGAAGCCGAGCCACUGCGGGGCUCCCAAGAUGGCAGCUUCCCGGACGAUCGGGACUCGGAUGGGCCUCCUUUGAAAGACGAGAGCUUCCGGAGUCCUGGCAGCGAAGCGGCUCCCAAGCUGAGUGGAGGAGCAACAUCAGGGGAGGCCUCAUCGCUGCGGGACUACGCCGCCACCACCAUGAACGAGUUCUUGGGCAUGUUUGGCUACGAUGACCAGAACAUGCGGGACGAGCUGGCUCGCAAGAUCAGCUUCGACAAGCUGAAUGCCGCUACCUCAGAAGCCGUCCCGGCUGCCGCUGGCAUUGCCGCCUCCCUCGCCGCUGACGACGACAGGAGCAAGAGGGCCCGCUUUUCCAAGUAUGAAGAAUACAUCCGCAAGCUGAAGGCCGGGGAGCAAGUCCCGUGGUCCCUCCACCCGGCCAAGGCCGAGGAGCUGGCCAGCAAGCUCGGCAAGGAGGCCCCCGUGACCCUGGGGCAGCCCGUUCGGGUGCCUGCCCCCGACGCCUCCCUCCUGCCUGAGACGAAGGCCACCAUCUUGCCCCUGCCCUCCCCCAGCAGUUCCCAAAUGCAAGGGCUCAUGUCGCGGGCCUCCAAGUAUGACUUCUUCAUCCAGAAGCUGAAGACGGGCGAGAGCCUUCGGCCACAGAACGGCAACAGCUACAAGAAGGCCUCCAAGUACGACCUGGAGAACGUCAAGUACCUGCACCUCUUCAAGCCGGGGGAGGGCAGCCCGGACAUGGGGGGCGCCAUCGCCUUCAAGACGGGCAAGGUGGGGCGCCCCUCCAAGUACGACGUCCGGAGCAUCCCGCAGAAGCUCACCCCGGUCAAGGCGCCAGUGCCCAACCUGGUCCCCACGCCCCUUCCCAGCACCCCCAGCAGCACCCCAGCCGCUGGCCCCGAGCAGCCUGUCCCCCUCUCCUUCAGCACUCCUGAGUACCUGAAAUCCACCUUCUCCAAGACGGAUUCCAUCACAACUGGAACAGUUUCCACUGUCAAGAAUGGAUUAACCACUGACAAACCAGCUGUCACCGAAGAUGUAAAUAUUUACCAGAAAUAUAUUGCCAGGUUUUCUGGAAGCCAGCACUGUGGACACAUUCACUGCGCGUACCAGUACCGCGAGCAUUACCACUGCCUGGACCCCGAAUGCAACUAUCAGAGAUUCACAAGUAAGCAAGACGUGAUCCGGCACUACAAUAUGCACAAGAAGCGUGACAAUUCCCUCCAGCACGGCUUCAUGCGCUUCAGCCCCCUGGACGACUGCAGCGUUUACUAUCACGGCUGCCACCUGAAUGGGAAAAGCACCCACUACCACUGCAUGCAGGUGGGCUGUAACAAAGUCUAUACCAGCACCUCGGAUGUAAUGACCCACGAAAAUUUCCACAAGAAGAACACGCAGCUCAUCAACGAUGGGUUCCAGCGGUUCCGGGCCACGGAGGACUGUGGCACUGUGGACUGCCAGUUCUAUGGGCAGAAGACGACUCAUUUCCAUUGCAGGCGGCCAGGUUGUACGUUCACCUUCAAGAACAAAUGCGACAUCGAGAAGCACAAGAGCUACCACAUCAAGGACGACGCCUACGCCAAGGACGGCUUCAAGAAGUUCUACAAGUACGAGGAGUGCAAGUACGAGGGCUGCGUCUACAGCAAGGCCACCAACCACUUCCACUGCAUCCGGCCGGGCUGCGGCUUCACCUUCACCUCCACCAGCCAGAUGACCUCCCACAAGCGCAAGCACGAGCGCCGGCACAUCCGCAGCUCCGGCGUGCUGGGCCUGCCCUCCUCCCUGCUGGGCGCCAAGGAGAACGAGCAGGAGGAGUCCAGCAACGACGACCUUGUCGACUUCUCCGCCAUGAGCUCCAAGAACUCCAGCCUGAGUGCCUCUCCCACCAGUCAGCAGUCUUCCGUCUCCUUGAUCGUCCCGGGGACGCCUUCCUCGGCCGCGGAGCUUGCGGCCUCGCAGGCCUCCGGCAAGCCUGCCGGCAGUAUGCCGCCGGCUCCCAAGAUCCCUGGCCUGCUCUCCCAAGCCCUCCCGAGCAAUAUAUCGUUGGCCCUGGCGCUCCCCAACGCGUCCCUCCCAGGAACAGCCGGUCCCUACUUUCCUAUCCUCCCCAGCCGGGGCCCCGGCCCGCUGCCUGCCACCUCGGCUGGCUUGAUUGCCACCGGCGCGUCGAGUGCCAACCCAGCAUCCUCGGCCAGCUCCCCUUCCCAGGCCAUCUCAGGUUCCGUCGAGGCCGCGACCACCUCCUCGCCUACUCCGGCGGCAUCCCUCAUGGAGAGAAUCUCAGCCAGCAAAGGCUUGAUUUCCCCAAUGAUGGCCAGGCUGGCGGCAGCAGCCCUGAAGCCUUCUGUGGCAGUGGAGGCAGGGAAUGGGCAGCCAACAGCUCCCGGGCGCUUUAACCCGGCACAGAUUAAGCCAGAGAUCGCGGAGAGCCCGGGCUCGGUGUCCGCCGUGGCCCAGAAUUCCUUGCAGGAGCACAGCCUGGACCUGAGUGUGAAGGAUCAUGGUAAUGAAUCAAAUGGCCACACAGUCUCGGCAAAUUCAUCUCUUUUAUCCUCGCUUAUGAAUAAGAUGACUCAGAGUAACCCCAGCCUUGGAAACCUUCUUGGUCUGAAGGUCGAAGGUGACGUCAGCCAGCCGGGGGCUGCGGGAGACGCAACACAGUAUAUGGGCAAGACAGUGAAGGCUCUUGUUCAAGAGAAACUUUCUGAGCCCUGGAAGAUGUAUUUGCGCAGGUUUGGUACCAAGGACUUCUGUGACGCCCAGUGUGACUUUCUCCAUAAAGUGCAUUUCCACUGCGUGGUGGAAGAAUGUGGGGCCCUCUUCAGCACCUUGGAUGGCGCCAUCAAGCAUGCCAAUUUCCACUUCCGAACAGAGGGCGGAGCUGUGAAAGGAAACGCUGAACUCUCCUUCCCAACUGCUGCUGAGACCAAGAUCUCCUUAGCCCCUUCAUCUCCGUCCCCUUCUUCCGCCGCUCUGGCCAACGCCUCUGCCCCAGACGUGCCCGUCGCAAGCCCAGCAACCAUGCCUACAGCUCCAACACUCCUCGCCUGGAAACAACUGGCUUCUACCAUGUCACAGAUCCCUGCGUCAGUGCCUAAUUUGGCCACAUCCCCCUUGGCGACGACUUCCCUUGAGAACGCCAAACCUCAGGUCAAACCCGGGUUCCUCCAGUUCCAGGAGAAUGACCCCUGUCUGGCGACAGAUUGCAAGUACGCCAACAAAUUCCACUUCCACUGUCUCUUUGGGAACUGCAAGUAUGUGUGCAAAACCUCUGGGAAAGCGGAGUCCCACUGUCUCGACCACAUCAACCCCAACAACAACCUGGUGAACGUGCGAGACCAGUUUGCUUAUUAUUCCCUGCAGUGUCUCUGCCCAAACCAGCACUGUGAGUUCCGCAUGCGAGGGCAUUACCACUGCCUGCGCCCCGGCUGCUUCUUUGUGACCAACAUCACCACCAAGCUCCCCUGGCACGUGAAGAAGCACGAGAAGGCAGAGCGGCGGGCGGCCAAUGGGUUCAAGUACUUCACCAAGCGGGAAGAGUGUGGCAGACUCGGUUGCAAGUACAACCAAGUCAACAGCCAUUUUCACUGCAUUCGUGAGGGCUGCCAGUUCUCUUUCCUGCUGAAGCAUCAGAUGACGUCCCAUGCCAGGAAACACAUGAGAAGGAUGCUGGGGAAGAACUUCGACCGGGUUCCCACUCAGGUGAUUGGGCAUCCUCCUCGGAAUGAAAACCUCGGCCAGGUCAGCAGCAUGGCGCCCAGCCCAGCCUCGUCAGGGACUCCCGCUUCCUUCCAGGGACCACAAAGCAUGAUGGAUACUGAGACAGACGAGUACGUGGACUACACAGGGUGCAGCCCGGGUGGGAUCUCCUCCGAAUCGUCCAAUAUGGACCGCAGCUGCUCCAGCACACCGGUGGGCAACGAGAGCACUUCAGCGGGCUGCCUGGCUGCUCCUCCUCUUCCUCCUGCUGCUGCUGGCGAUGACGUUACCCACAAUGCACCACAAGCACCACCUCUGCCUCCAUCUUUCUCACCAGCCCUGCUCAGGUCUCCCCUCCCUUCCCUCCCAUACCUCUUCUCUCCCUCUUGUGUCUCAUACUCUCUGCUAAGCGCCACGCUGGGAUCCAGCAAGGGCAUUGUUGUGCCCACCGCCAGCUCAACAGGGUUUUCACCCAUCAUUGCCACUCCGGCUCCAGUCAAAAGUGAUGUCCCUCUAGUUCAAGAUGCGGCAGGGAACACCAUCACCAUGCCAACCGCGGCGGGAGCCAAGAAGCGCUUCUGGAUCAUCGAGGACAUGUCUCCUUUUGGCAAGCGGCGCAAAACUGCAUCCUCGCGCAAGAUGCUGGACGAAGGGAUGAUGCUGGAGGGCUUCCGGCGGUACGACCUCUAUGAGGACUGCAAGGAUGCCGGCUGCCAGUUCUCCCUGAAGGUUACCCACUACCACUGCACCCGGGAGAACUGUGGGUACAAGUUCUGUGGCCGCACCCACAUGUACAAGCAUGCACAGCACCACGACCGCGUCGACAACCUGGUACUGGAUGACUUCAAGCGCUUCAAGUCCUCGCUCAGCUGCAACUUCCCCGACUGCCAGUUCUCGGGCAACAGCACACACUUCCACUGCCUGCGCUGCGGCUUUCGCUGCACCGACAGCACCAAGGUGACGGCCCACCGCAAGCACCACGGCAAGCAGGACGUCAUCAGCGCCGCCGGCUUCUGCCAGUUCAGCUCCAGCGUGGAUUGCGAGGUGCCCGACUGCAAGUACAAGCUCAAGUGCUCCCACUUCCACUGCACCUACCCGGGCUGCAAGCACACGGUGGUGGGCAUGUCGCAGAUGGACUCUCACAAGCGCAAGCACGAGAAGCAGGAGCGCGGAGAGCUGCCGGCCAUCUCCCCGGGCCCCGAGGGCCUCCCCCACGCCACCCUGGAGUACGACGCGCAGAACUCCUCUGUCAACCUGGACAGCUCGCUCAACCUCAGCACGGAUGCCAACAGUGCCCUCUUCUUCCUGAAGAACGCGGCUGGCGUGGGACUCAGCGACUCCUUGGACCUCAGCCAGAAGCCGCUGGAGGCAGCGGGCAGCAUGCCUUCCCCUGCCAGAGAGGCUGGGGCCCCUGCAGAAAGUGAGCGUCUACUCACCAGCUGUGGGCACGUGGAGGAGGAGGAGGACUCUUCCCGUGAUGAGGAUGAUGAGGAGGAGGAAAUGAAUGAGGAGGAUGAGGACGAGGACGACGAGGAUGAGGACGAGGAAGAGGAGGAGGAGGAGGAGGAUGACCUGAACACAGAUUCCGAAGAGUCACUCCCUGACACGGAGGGCAUGCCUGCUAAGGACGUGAGGGAGCGGGGGGAGGCCACAUCUCCCCCAGCAGACCACAGUGAUGCUUCCAGACCUCCUGAUGAGCCAGGCCCAGGCCCUGCCCCGCAAGCCUCUCCUUAACACACAGAAAGCAGCAGGGUUUGAUCUUUAGGAAAGCAAACUGAAUGAGUGAGAGGACCCCGCUGUGGGAGGCAAGAACAAACGCUGCAGUGGCAAGAGGCAAACACACACACACAAACACACACACACAACUCCACCCCAGAAAGUGCACAAGUCAAAAGAGGAAACUGCAAAUCCUUGGACCAUGCAAGAGAGAGCAGCCAUCCAGCCAGCCUCAGGCUGUGAGGAAUGGGGAGGCAGGGGACCCAUCUGUGGGACGCUCAUGUUUACAGGGUGGCAGGCGGUGAUUCGUUUCACUUGGUGCAGAAGGGUCGGGCCAUGGAGAAGGGACCCUUCUCCUCCGGGGCGGAUGUGCCAGCCACAAGGGCACGAGCUCCCCAUGCCUCCCAAGCCUCUGCUUGUGGCGGUGAGAGAGGCGAUUGCUUCAGCUUCUACUUUAGCUUCCCAUUUUCAAUUGUCCUUUGACACUCCUCCCGUUCUCAGGGAGAGGGGGCAGCUAGCAUCCGGUGAUGAAUAUUAGGGAUGUUGAUGAUGCAUACACGUACAUGUGCAUACGUGCACGCAUACUUCUGUAUGUUUGCAUUUGCAGUGGAGGAUUGUUGGUUCCUUCAAGCCACAAACUAAGUCCUUCGCCAUCGGGGGCAGUGCGGGGAGGGGGGGCUGGGGCGGCAGUAUCAUUUGUACUUAUUUCAUUUCUCCAGCAUCGACUGAACAGGAGAAACGGGACUCAGGCAGCUUGGGAUGGUCGGGAAAGGGGUAUUUAUUGUCAGGGUUUUUUUGUUUUGUUUUGAAAGAGAGAGGGAGACGCAUUAAUGAAUUAAACAAGGCUGGGAAUGGGGACACUUCUCUAAUCUUCCAGGUCUGCUUUAUUAUUAAAUAAUAAGAAUUAAUAAUAAUCUCUUUUUAAGGAAGAACAAACUUAUUUAUAUUGUGCUGCUCCUGCCUGAGGGGAGCUACCCCUUUCUGGUGAGGCUUUGACCAGGAGUGGGGGGCACAUGGGGUGGCAGUGAAAAGGUCCUAAGGUUGUGAAAAAAAGGCUUGGAUUUAACCAGCCCAACCCCAGCGCCUCUGCCCUGAGGAAGCCCCACGGUUUGCUGUCCAGGCUGCAGACCCACACGCUGUAUCAGGCACAGGAGGCAUGAGCUCAGCGUGCCCUCUGCCUCGCUGCUAAUAGAAGGAAAAGGGUAAUAGAGGCAGUGCCUCAUCACAGGGCUGGGUCCUGGGGACAGGAUAUGUCACUGCAGUAAGGAAGCAGUUGCAUCUUCCCGGCUCGGCCUCCUGGCUCAAGUGUAGUCUGUGAUGGGUAAGGGCAAAGUUGGGGCUCUUUUACAGGUAGCAGGCUUGGGGGGGGGGCAUCAAAUCUACUUAAGAUCCUUCACUGAAUAUUCGUAGGUGUCUUACCUUAGAAUUGUGGACAGGGAAUGUGAUAGCCUUCUGAAGCUACUAUCCCAGCUUGCAGUUCACAGACCAACCCAGUGUACCGGGUUGCUCCAGUUAAAGCGGUUGCACAGCCUCUAGUUACAGAUGAGGCAUUCCUAGAGAUAAGGGAAAUUUCUUAAAGCCUCCAAGAAGGAAAGGUCACAUUUUACUCUGUAGGCACCCAAAAAUCUUUUGCUGGGUUCAAUUUUGAAUGUUUGAGCACCUAACGAAGCUGGGCCGGUGGGGGGUGGGCGAGGGACAUGGCUCCAGGGGGAGAUUCCAUCUUGGUGCAGAAACACAGACAGACUGAGAGGUUUGUCUUCAUUUUAAAAAAAUUCCCUUCCAAACAAUCACAUGCCAGCAACAUGUCAGCCCAGAACAAGGAUGAGAAUGUGAUCCAGUAACACUUUUAAAAAGCUUUUAAAACAAGAAACCGCAAUGGAGGAAGAAAAAGAGUGACAAAGAAAAAGAUAAGGAAAUGUCCAAGAAAAAAAUAGCUGUACAGUAUUUUUCCCCCUGUAAAAGUUACUGUUAGAGAUAUAGAUAUAUAUAUAUAUUAUAUAUAUAUAUAUAAAAAAACAAAGAGAAAAUAGCCAUACAAAGGUAAUACUCUAUGAGUAUACAGUGAGAAACUCGGCCCUGUGGAAAAGUCCCUUCAAUAAAAUAUUUGGUUAUUAGUG